AUGACUACCAACACUAGAGCUCGGCAUGGACCCACGUCCGAUCCUUCGCAACUUAGACAACGGUUGAAAGAUUUCCAGAUCUUUUUCAUCAUCUUCAGCGUUGUGAUUGGAUCGGGAGUGUUUAACUAUAACGGAUCAGUUUUGGAAAUUGCCGGUCCCUUGGGUCUACUUCUGGCAGUCCUCCUCAACGGGCUUCUUGCAUCAUUCGUUGGUGAGUGUGUGAGCGAGCUUGUACAGCUCUUUCCGGCCCAGAAUGCUAUUUACCUUUACGUGGAGCAAUUCGUCGACGAAGACCUCGCAUCGGUGGCAGCUGUCGCUCAUUGGUACUGCUGGGCUUCUAUACUUCCGCUACAGAUGCUCAAUGCCGCGAGGAUACUUGAGUACUGGAAAGGGGACACGAUUAUUGCCUCGAUAGUAUUUUAUGGUGUCACGCCUUGGAUAAUUUUUGCGCUGAAUCUAUGCGGCGUUGAUUACUUUGGCUGGAUUGAAACCGUGGGGGGCAUUUUAAAGAAGAGCCAAUGGCCCCUUACAGAUCCAACCAUGGACUUGUUAUCGCAGGCUAGCGGACUAUUCUGUUUACCAUACAACAUUUCGCGAGAGUAUCACGAGUUCCCCAAAGAUCCAAUACAUGAUACCUUUCAAGCAAGCCCCCAAAUAUUCCCAGAUGCACCAUUUUCUUCUUUUUGCUUUGUUCUGCCCUCGGUAACUUUCAUCUUCCUUGGUGUUGAGACGAUAGCCAUCGCUGCGUACGAAGCUCGAGAUACCAAAUCGAUAGCGCGUUCUUCACAGAUAACGCACUGGUCAUGCCUCAUAUUGUACUUCAUGGUCACGCUCGGCAUCGUAAUUAGCGUCAAAUGGGAUGAUUGCCGUCUGCCCGGCGUAUGGAACUUUAUUGCUCGAGGACCAUUGUCAGACUCUCCACACUCUGAUAGCGCUACCAUUAUCUCAAUCUGGGAUGUUUAUCCUGAACUAGCCGGUGUGGCAAAUGGGGCAAUCAUAUUUGCUGUCUUGUCUUCUGCAAAUACUUGCCUUUAUAUUUCAAGCCGUACUUUGUAUGGAAUGACUCACCAACUUCGAAAUAACUACAGCUUCAGUCGGUACUUCAAGAAGACCUUUGGCCAAGUAUGGUCAUCGACUGGGGUACCGGCCAUGGCCCUCCUCGUAAGCCUUUUGGCUUUCUACUGGCUUCCUUUCAUUCAAUAUUCUUGGAAGAAAGAUCGAGAUCGGGCCCAAGCAUUAGAACAGAUCAUACAAAUAGUCUCACUCACAUCAAGCAUCUCCUGCAUUAUCACGUGGACACUUCUUCUCAUCGCAUAUCUGCGGUAUAAUCACUGGAUAACGACUUGCGCCGACGGCCUCGAACAGGCAGGAAUGCAGCGUUUCGUUCGAAGUAACCCUGCAUACAAAGCAUGGAAUGUUCUGAUAUGGUUCCAGCCAUGGACGGCACGUCUUGCUUUGGCCGGUUGCUUCAUCGUCUAUGGCUGCCUCAGCGCAACGUGGUGGCGCCACCCAGCGAGCUUUGCCAAGGUGCUGGUAGCGUACGGGCCUCACGUAGUCGCCUUUGUAAUCUGGAUCUGUUUGAAACUCUGGAAACACGGGUUACACCUCUCGAAAUGGUGGAUACAGACGCCGAUCUCGGCUCGUCGCCCAGUGGCUUUGAUACAAAAACUCCGCCAUCUGGAGCGUCUGUCAGCUAAGGGCGAAGACAGAAACAAGCAACAGAUCAACAUGCCAUUUCUUACGCUGAGGCCUACGACAACAACGUCGCAGACACACGGUACAGAGGAAGAGAACGGCCAUGCUAUCAGUACCGAUGGUUCUGCACCCGAACGGGGCCAGGUCUCAUGA